AUGGUAAAAAGAAGAAAAAGAAGCAAGAUAGACAUUGAACUGAUCAAAAAAGCAUCACGUUUAUUAAAGGAUGAACAGUUACCAAAAGAACAACAAGCCGCGUAUUCUUUGCAUGCUAAGAAAAUAUCGAAAAUAAGAUGUUUAAAAAUAUUUGUAGAAAAACGUAAUCAACAAUGGAGUAUAGAUUUAGCAGAUUUAAAUGAACUGUCAGGACAUAAUAAUCAAUAUCGUUAUAUUCUUGUAUGUGUUGAUGUUUAUACCCGCUAUGCUUUUAUUAAAUUACUUAAAAAUAAAACCGUGAAUGUUUGUAAUAAAUUUGAGCAAAUUCUUACCGAGUUGGGGGAAUCCCCUACACACAUUCAGGCCGAAGAGGGUACAGAGUUUGCACAGAUUUAA